UGCGGCUUGCAGCAGUAUAGGUGUAGGUGAAGUUUUGUUAUUUACAUUUUGAGAGGACGCAAACAAAGUGAAUGUUUGAAUGAAAUGACAUGCCAGUAUGUGGAAUCUGUGCUACAUUCAAAUUUUAAUUAUGGUUAUAGACGUUUUUGGAAGUCCACAGGAGGAUUUAAUGGCGAAUGAUACGUCAUGCUGUAUCGAUGACCUAACUUCACAGCCUGAACAGGAUAAAAAUUCAUUAUCAGAUAAUUUAUUAGGAGCAGAAAAUUUCAGGCAAGAUGCAUUACCUGAAAACAUGACUUUGCUUGAGGGAAAAGCUGUACAAGCCACAAGUGAACGUAUUCAUCAGAUGCCAGUGGAUGAGGGAUUUUGUGAGGUGUACCAAGGAAAAACAUGCAGCACAUUUCUUGCAAAUAAAAGUGUGUACAUUCCUCUUGCACAGACCCAGAUUAUGCUAGAGCGUAAGUUGGAGAAAGCAUUUAUGGUUGUCACAACUUCAAAAGAUCUUUCAAAAGGUUGUGAAGCCUUUGCAAGACCUUCUUUAUGCUAUUCUGCAUUUCCAUUGUGUCACAUGUCAAGUUGUGUUCCUGAAAAUGGAAAGGAGAACUGUAAACCAGGUGCACGACCUAGGCGUAUUUGUAGAGAAGAUUGUGAAAUUUUGGAAAAUGAAAUGUGCAGUAUGGAAUAUGCAAUUGCCAAAAGACAUCCCUUGAUUGGGCAACAGGUACAGUUACCUGAAUGUGAUCAUUUACCUGUACAAGGAUCUCAGGCAAGCAAGGACUGUAUAAGUCUUGGUAUUCAACGUGCAGGAAACAUUGAGCCAAGUGAAACCUGCUAUUGGGGUCGUGGCGAGUCAUAUCGAGGAGUAGCGGAGACCACCUCUAUAGGUCGUUGCUCAUUGUGGAGUCAUCAGUUCAGUUAUAAAUCUUCUGAUCAUCCAGAAAUAGGUGGUGGGCACAAUUAUUGCAGAAAUCCUGGUGGGGUGGAACCCAAACCUUGGUGCUUCAUUGUUAAUGAUGAACAGUUUAGAAAAGAGCCAUGUGAUAUUCCUCAAUGCGUGCAAAGCUUGUGGCUAUACAUAACCAUAGCUUCAGUUGCAUUUGUCAUCAUCAUCAUAGCAUUUUUGCUGUAUUGUUUCUGUCUCCGUCAGUCGCCAAGAUCCAAUACAAAUCAAAAUUUCAAUGAACCGCAAGGUAUUAAGAUUGCUGCUCUCAAAUCGUCAUUAAAUUCUUCUCCUAAUAAAUCAAACAAUAAAAACAAUUGUAACACCAGCUACAACCAGAUGAUGGAAAUGAACCUGUUGCUUCCAGCAACUAGAGAAGCUGAAGAAACUGUGUCAGCAGGCUUGAGGGCACGUGAAUAUGAACUGAAAGACGUGAAAUUUUUGCAAGAACUUGGAGAAGGGGCGUUUGGGAAAGUUUAUAAAGGGGAGGUGACAACCGGUGAUACUGGUGAUACACCUUUGCUUGUCGCAAUAAAAACUCUGAAGGAAAAUGCUACUCCAAAGACACAGGCAGACUUUAGAAGAGAGGUGGAACUAAUGACUGAUCUACGGCAUUCCAAUAUUGUAUGUCUACUUGGAGUUGUUAUGAGGGGCGAACCACUAUGUAUGUUGUUUGAGUACAUGACACAGGGUGACCUUCAUGAAUUCCUAAUUUGCCACUCACCUCGCUCUGAUGUGUCAGCAUUUAAUGAUGAAGGGAAUAAUCAUGUUCUGGACCAGAAUGACUUUUUGCAUAUUGCAAUGCAAAUAGGCGCAGGGAUGGAGUACUUAUCGAGCCACCACUAUGUUCACAGAGACUUAGCUGCUAGAAAUUGUCUGGUUGGAGAUAACCUUACUGUUAAAAUUUCUGAUUUUGGUCUAUCAAGGGAUGUUUACUCUUCGGACUACUACAGAGUUCAGUCAAAAUCUCUGCUACCUGUUAGAUGGAUGCCAUCAGAAUCUAUUCUCUAUGGGAAAUUCACAACUGAAAGUGAUGUAUGGAGCUAUGGUGUGGUUCUUUGGGAGAUUUAUAGUUAUGGUCUACAGCCAUACUAUGGUUACAGUAACCAAGAAGUAAUAGACAUGAUUCGUUCUCGUCAGCUUCUUCCAUGCCCCGAAGACUGUCCGUCAAGUAUAUAUUCACUUAUGAUUGAAUGCUGGCAUGAAAUACCAAACCGCAGGCCAUCCUUUCCCGAAAUAAAUGCAAGACUGCUUUCUCUGUGUAAAACCUCUCCAGGAAGUUGCAGCAGAUUAAUGAAUCAUUGUCUUUCAGGAAAAACGCCAGAACAUGAACAUUCAGUAAGCUGUGCAAGUUCACCAAGUAAAAACAUUGUAGAUUUUGAAAACUACCCUUUUCAUGCUGAUAGUGCAGGAUUGAAUUCUGAACACUACAAAAAGGCAUGUAAUUCAUCGUCAUGCUCAUCUCCAAAUUUUGAACAUCGUCAAAUACAAGGUAUGCCCCGGUAUUCUAGUGAAUCGAGUGGUCAGUUUCAUUAUAUUUCAGCUCCGAAGACAACAGCACAAAUUAAUAGCAACCAGCAUUCGUUACCUGUAUAUCAUGAAAUGCAAGUGGAUGAAGCACCACAGCAGAAGUGUCAGAACAUUGUUCAGCAUCUUGCACAUAAUGCAAACUUCCACAUAGGUGUUGUGCAGCCCAUGUGUUCAUCAACAAAGCCAUUGUCUCAGGAAACUGGGAACAUAAGACACCAGAGUAAAUAUUCAAAUAGUGCUCCAGCACAGAUUAUAGUGAGACUACCAUCACCACACACAAAACAGGGCAACAGACAUGAUUCAAAAAUAUCAGAUAUUUGAUCAUUUCUUGCCGGCAGUGUACUGCUUGUUAUAAUAUGAAAAUGCACUUAAGCCAAAAUGCAGUUACUAGUCAGGUGUUUGGAAAUUACAAGUGUUACUGACUGCCUUUUAUAGCAGACCUUUUGAUAAAAUUCUCUCUUGGAAGCAGCUCAGCAACAAAAAAGGAUUGUUACAGUUUACAAGAGAGAAGUUCCACAAUAAAUAAGCAAAUAAAAGAAAAAUUCAGGACACCAUUGUAACAAAUCUUGUAAGAAAAAAAGACUGGUGAUCUCCAUUCGCAGAUUUCCUGCUAACUGGAGCUCAUACUUUAUUGUGACAGAUAAGUUUUAAUUUUGCCACAGAUUUGAAAAAAAGUUUCAAUUUCAUAUCCCUUGUAAGAUAUUUCAUAUUUUAUUUUUGUAUGUAAAUAAUAAACAUUUGACUUAAAUGUAUAAAAUAAAUUAACUGCUCUAAGAUCUGGAUGAAGUGUAUGGAGAACUUGUGAAGAGUGACUGCAGUAUUUAUUAAAAGCAUUUAUAUGUUUUAUGUUGACAACAUUGUACAUUGUGUUGUAUUUUAGAAGUGUACUUACUUUCCAUACUAGUGAGAAACAAUCAUAUCGGCAGCUUUUUUAAAAUUUAUUAUUUUGUAUAUUUGUGUAUAUGAAUAUAGGGUAACGCUUCCCAGAAUUUAUAUCCAUAUCAACUUCAUGUUGCCUUUUAUUUGAUGACUAGUUUUGUAGUUCUGUGAUCAUCUGUAACAGAGAGACACUUUGUUGUAAGUUUUAAUUUCAUGUUAUAUUUAUUUUAAUUAAUUAGAUAUUUCUUAAUAUCAUUUGUCAGUUUGGUAGGUGCUGUGUGAUGUAAUAUGCAAUUUCCAGUCUGCUUGUGGACAACUUGACUGAAUACGUUUAAUUAAAAUAAAUUUAUUUCAUAAUCGUCAAUAUCAAUGAAAUAUGCAUUGUAUGUGAUUUGUAAUACAGAUCUCUUUUUGAUUCAUUACUUUUGUGUGGAACAUUAUAGAAAUGCUGAAAUACUCGGUUGCCUGACUGGGACCACUGAUGCACUGCUCUAUAUUUCUUUUGUUGCAUCUCAUGUUAGGAAAUCAUGAACAACUGUACACUCUGUGAUGCACGCAUUUUGUAGUGUAUUGACUGUGAAUAUUCAUGCCUCACAGUAAGCAAGAAAAAAUCAGUUUUAUGCGUAUUUAUUCCCAGGGUCUGUGUUAUAAUAAA